UACAAUAACAAAUCAAACAAAUUCCUCCUUAAAUUUUGUAGAAUGAAGAGUUUUUCAAGUGGCAUUAUCAUGAGGAGUAGUUUUGUUUUCCUCACGGCGGCCUUGUUUCUUGCGGCCGCCGUGUCUGCUUCAGAAUAUGACGACGAUGACCUUCCUUACGACUACUACAGCAAAAGCUGUCCGAAGCUGGAGUGUAUAGUGCACAAGAAAAUGGAGGAAUGGAUUAAAAAAGAUUAUAGCCUUGCUCCUGCUCUCAUGAGGUUGCAUUUCCAUGACUGCUUCGUUAGGGGAUGUGAUGCUUCAAUAUUGUUAGACCACGAAGGAAGUGAGAAGAGUGCGAAUGCAAGCAAGACAUUAAGGGGAUUUGAAGUAAUAGAGGAUAUAAAGAGAGAAUUGGAGAAAGAAUGCCCCAAGACAGUGUCUUGUGCUGAUAUUCUAACAGUAGCUGCAAGAGACGCCACACUUGCAGUAGGUGGUCCAUACUGGAUGGUUCCAUAUGGUAGGAAAGAUGGCACAGUUUCCACUGCUAAGGAAGCUGAUCAAUUAGUCCCAACGGGUCACGAAAUAGUCACUGAUUUACUUGAAUUGUUCCAGUCCAAAGGAUUGAAUGUUCUCGACUUGGUUGUCCUCUCUGGAGCUCACACAAUUGGAAGAACGACAUGUGAAUCUCUACAAUACAGGUUAUACAAUUAUAAUGGAACUAAGAAAUCAGAUUCAAGAUUGGAUCAUCUCUACUUAAAUUACUUGGAAAGAAAGUGUAGAUGGGCAUCUGAAUAUGUUGAUCUUGAUGCUAUUACUCCAAAGAAAUUUGAUGUUCAAUACUACAAGAAUCUUCAGAAGGGAAUGGGACUUUUGUUGACUGAUCAAUUGCUCAACAAAGAUUCAAGAACUGCACCAAUUGUCACAGCUUUAGCUACUCAGCCAGACCAGUUUGGAAGCCUCUUUGGAGCAUCUAUGGUCAAGAUGGGAAAUAUUCAAGAUUAUCUUAGCACUGAUGGUGAAGUCCGACUCAAUUGCGCCCGUGUUAAUAGCCCCAGUUAUUAA